CACCCAAUCUGGCUUACGUUAAUUCGUUUUUGGAAUGGCUUGAUGACCUGGGAAAGUGCGUCACCCGCGCAAGUGCCUGACUCGCGUUUCACUCACCAGCACAACCUAGUUCACUUGUUCAAUCACCUACACCUCACCUCCGUUCACAUUGUGAAUUCCAUAUUUCAGCAAGCAAAAUACCCGUCAAACGCUACCUCUACGAUAUUACUGGUUCGCUAGCCUCCCGAUGGAGUCUUAAAUAGGCCUUUCGAUGGUGUACGACCGACAAACAUGACGUUCUUCUUCCGAUUACCCUCGCCACAACGUUAUCCAUCAAGGGAAGACGAAAUCACUUGAUAGGUACACGCCAUGAGCUGUGACAUAUGUGGGAAAGUUGGCGGCCAUGCCUAUGCCCUUCACUGCAUCACUUGCGCCCGCAGCUACCUCGAGCAACCCCGCAUCGACCUUAUCAAAGCGCUAAUAGAGGGGGAGAGCGUUGGGAAACACGUCACAGCGGUCAUACAAGGAUCGGAGGACAAGGAAAGCCAGCAUGUGUCUCUUGUGGAUUCCAAAGGAGGCCUACUCGUCGAUCGCCAAGAAUGUACAAACAACAUCGAGCUGCAACGAACCAGGGGCGAAAUCGCGGAGAUAAACGAGAGAAUGAGCAAUAUUGGCGAGCAAGUUGACUUGCUCAAAUCUCAAAUGGAGGAUACUCGAGCGAGAGUCGAAGCCUUGAGGGCCCGCAAUGCACAGCGGAAAUCGGACAUGUCUUCUGCCACUUACGGCGUGGAUUCUAGGCGAGCCAAUGAAUUAAACAAGGUACAACAGAUCAUCAAGAAGACCGAUUACGAGUCAAACAAAACCCAUCAGGAUACUGUUGAGAUCCGGAACUACCUGUGUGGUACCGCUGCUCGGUUGGCCGGUCUGAAAGUUACGAGACGAAGGGUCAAGGAAGACAGUAGCAUUAAAGAAGUUUAUUGUAUCGGGCCCGGCACUCGCAUCAAGAUAUUCGACCUUAGAGACUUGAAUGAUGCGCCCCCCGACCAAGUGUCUGCAUCGCUGGCUGCAGUUGCUCAGCUUGUCGUACGUGUCGCCGCUUACCUUGGUGUACGCCUACCGGCAGAGAUAACUCUGCCGCAUAGCGACUAUCCACAGCCCACUAUAUUCAGCCCAACAUCGUCGUAUCAAGGCAAAAAGGUUCCUUUCCCUGGGUCGACCCCGUCUCAUUCGUCGACAAACAGUCCUGAAGCAUCCCGCACGUUAGACCCGCGGGUACACAUUCCAAAACCACGAGCUCUGUACAUCGACCGUCCUCUAAGCCAUUUGUCGGACGAAGAUGCGCCAGCAUACUCGAAUUUCAUCGAAGGCGUUACGCUGCUGGCGUAUAACAUCGCUUGGCUCUGCCGGAGCCAGGGAAUGAAGAACCAAUUCACAGAAUGGGGGCACGUCUGCGCUGUGGGUCAGAAUCUCCACCGGUUGCUGGUGUUGCAAGAAACCAAAUUCCCACAACGGCCCGAGAACCCACUGGAUAAGGAUAUUGCACCGGCAAAAACGGGCUCAAGGGUCCCAAUCAGGAGAAACCCGGUAGGGUUCGGUGAGGUAUCCCAUGCGACAAGUCAUUCUUUCUUGAACAGUGCAGAGAAUGCACAAUAUCUCGGAGGAUGGGGGUUGACACCAAUCAAGAUAGCGGACGAACUCAAGAAAUACCUCUUCACGGAACAACAGAAUCUCGAGUGGGACAGACUAGAGACGAAAGAGUGGGAGGGCAUGGACAACGUGAUCACAGACGACCCAGUGGUUGUUGGAGAGAAACGGCGAGACAGGGCGGGCCUAGAUGAUGGGCGGAGUUUGGUGAGCAGCACAAGGACAACAACGAUGGGUAGUGGCAAGAGUCGGCAUUCGGAGGCAGGCGACGACAGGACUCGGGGGGUCAAUGGAUGGACGAGGGUGAAGAGUCGCAGUGAUGACAAGGCAAAGAUACCCAACUAG